ACCGCACAUUCUGCUCACUGGCAGCCAUCUUGUCCACCAUCACCACGCAAGUAAUAUCGCCUCUGUCAACAUCGUCAACAUAUCAUGGCAAACCCACGUCAAAGGCGUAAAACAAAAUCCUCCUCUCACAAGACCAUAUCGCAUUCCAAAAGGGCACAAAAAUUGCUGAAGAAGAUGCCUGCAAUCUGUGGACCCAAGGUUCUACAGGACGUAUGGGACAAGGACAAGACUAUCCGACAAAACUACGCAGCCGUGGGUCUGGCUCAUACACUCAAUCCCUUGCAAGCGGGAGGAGAGGAAUGCCUGAUUGAAUAUACUUCUGCGUCGUCCCGCUCUGAUGCUGUACCAAAUGUAUCAACUUCAUCUGAGACAACGUCAAAAACGGCUGAUGCGCCACCGUCAACGCCCGCGGCAUCCUCGAUCACACCGUCUGGUAUACCGCAAGGCUUUGGUAGAAUCAUCCGGGAUUCAACCGGUAACAUUAUACAGGUUGAGGUCCCGUCUGAAUCCAAUGAAGAAGAGCUAUUAAAAAAGAAACGCGAUCAAGAAAUAAAGGAGCUCGAGGCACCCGACGUGGAUACGAAAGAGCUGGCCAUUUGGGCGGCGGGUAGCUCAAAAUCGCAAGGCAAGGACGAAGCGAGAGGAGAGGAUGGACAUAAUGUCGUCAAAGCUCUCGAACAGUUAUCAGCAACGGCAUCUACUUUAACGCGGUACUCGUCGAGUGGGGAAGUGGCAUACUUGGCGCGAUUGGCGACGCGAUAUGGCGGGGACUACGAGAGUAUGGCGCGCGAUCGACGGCUGAACACCGAGCAGAGGACGGCAGGCGAGCUGAAGAGGGCGAUGAAUAAGGCAGGGGGGGUGGACGUGUUUAUUGGUCGAGGGCCGGGAUCGUAGAUGAUUCGGCAAAUGCCCAGGUUCCUUCUGAGGACGGGUCAGAAAGAUACUUGAAUCAAACAAGGAAGCACGAGCGGAUAUUAUUACGCGAGGAGUUAGAAGUACGGAAUGAGGUUCGAGGACUGACGAGUAGAGUCUGUGACUCGGAAGCAAAGCAAAGAGCGGGGGCUGGGCGUCAUUGUAGCAUUGUUGGUCGAGCAAUUCACCCAAAAGGAGGGUACCGUGAUGGAAGACGUAUGUGCGAUGAGAGACCAUCUCGGUGAUAACGGACCGGAUUGGGAGGAGGGUUGUGACAGAAGGUGACUGGAGUCACGUCCGGGGGUUGGGCGAGAGGCCAAGGCUGUGUCGAGGAUCUGACAGGAGAGGAAAGUGCGGCAAGUGGCGUGGAGAGUCGAGUGCUUCUGGUGUGCGAUAUGUUUUGGACAUGAAAUCAGUUCUUUA